AUAUGAGAUUCUUGUUUCUAAGUCACAAUUUAUAACUUGAACAAUGGAGAGUCCUGCAGACAAAGCGAUGGUCAACAACCCAGCUGACAUCAUCAUUAUUGUUGGAUAUUUCAUCAUGGUCAUCGGUGUUGGAAUUUGGUCAAUGUUUCGGAUCAAUCGUGGGACGGUUGGAGGAUAUUUCCUGGCAGGACGGACCAUGACCUGGUGGCCAGUCGGUGCGUCUUUGUUUGCCAGCAACAUCGGCAGUGGCCACUUUGUGGGCCUGGCAGGCACCGGAGCAGCCAGCGGCAUCGCUGUGGGGGGGUUUGAGUGGAAUGCUCUGUUCAUUGUGCUGCUGCUGGGCUGGCUGUUCGUACCCGUUUAUCUCACAGCUGGGGUCAUCACCAUGCCCCAGUACUUGAAGAAGAGGUUUGGAGGAUCCAGGAUCAGCCUCUACCUCUCCGUUAUCUCUCUGUUCCUCUACAUUUUCACCAAGAUCUCUGUGGACAUGUUCUCAGGAGCCGUGUUCAUCCAGCAGGCUCUGGGGUGGAACAUCUACGUUGCCGUCAUCGCACUUCUGUUCAUUACAGCCUUGUAUACAGUCACAGGUGGCCUGGCUGCGCUGAUGUACACUGACACAUUUCAGACUUUUGUCAUCAUUGCUGGAGCCUUUGUCCUCACCGGCUUCUCCUUCGUUGAAGUGGGAGGCUACGAGUCUCUGCUGCAGAGGUACAGCUCUGCCGUUCCACACAACGUGUCCUCCAUGGAGCCCCAGCGCUACAACAUCUCUGAGCACUGCUACAGGCCCAGGCCAGACGCCUUCAACCUGCUGCGGGACGCCACAACCGGGGACCUGCCCUGGCCGGGGGUGUUGUUUGGUAUCGCUAUAGUGGGAGGCUGGUACUGGUGCACAGACCAGGUGAUUGUGCAGCGGUGCCUCGCCGCUCGCAGUCUCACCCACGUGAAGGCUGGCUGCAUCAUGUGCGGCUACCUCAAACUGCUGCCCAUGUUCCUCAUGGUGUUCCCCGGCAUGAUCAGCAGGGUCCUCUACCCAGACGAGGUCGGCUGCGUGGUGCCUGAGGUGUGUAAGCAGGUGUGUGGGACUGAGGUGGGCUGCUCCAACAUUGCUUAUCCCAAACUGGUGGUGUCAGUCAUGCCCAAUGGGCUGCGAGGCCUCAUGCUGGCUGUGAUGCUAGCGGCCCUCAUGUCUUCGUUGGCCUCCAUCUUUAACAGCAGCAGCACGCUGUUCACCAUGGACAUCUGGACUCGCUUCCGACCCCUGGCCACAGAGCGAGAACUCAUUAUUGUUGGCAGAGUCUGGGUGCUUUGCAUCGUAGCCAUCAGCAUCUGUUGGAUCCCAGUCGUCCAGGCGGCUCAGAGCGGUCAGCUCUUCGAUUACAUCCAGUCAGUCUCCAGCUACCUGGCUCCGCCCAUCGCCGCUGUCUUCCUGCUGGCUGUGUUCGUGAAGAGGGUCAAUGAAAUGGGUGCAUUCUGGGGCCUGAUAGGUGGUCUAGCGAUGGGUCUGUGUCGGUUGUUGCCCGAGUUCUGGUUUGGCACCGGCAGCUGUAUUUUCCCUUCUAACUGCCCCUUCUUGGUGUGUGGGAUCCAUUACCUUCACUUUGGAAUCAUCCUCUUCUUCUGCACGUCAGCACUGGUGCUGCUAGUCAGCUACUGCACUGAUCCCAUUGAGGAUGUGCAUCUCCAUCGUCUGGUCUUCAGUCUGCGUCAUUCUAGAGAGGAAAGGAAGGAUUUGGACUGGGAGCAAGGCGAGAAAGGAAGAAGAGCCCAAAGAGAGGCUGAGGAAAAGAGGAGGCAGGAUGACGAUGCAGAAACAGAAACAGAAGUGGAAGAAAAGUCUGGUAUCUGCCACCUGCUUGGCCGUUUGUGUGGAGGUACCAGCAGCUCGCAAGACACUGAGCAAGACGAACCUGAAGCGAUGGACAAAAUGCCUGACAUUAGUGAGCACCCAGUGUGGAAGUAUGCUGUUAAUGUUAAUGCUCUGGUCAUGAUGACCGUAGCAGUUUUUAUGUGGGGUUACUACGCCUAAAAGUCCGGGGUACAUGGAAAUGGAUGUCUUCACCUUUCUAACAAUUCGGUUCCUUUUUAUUGGUCAUAAGACGCCACUACAGUGCAAAUAACCUGUUUUUACUUUACAAAAUAUUCAAAAUAGUCAUGCAAAUCUACUACCGACAAGGUCUUUGUUUUAAAAGGUGCAGGAGAUUGUGAUCCAGCACUGCAUCUCUUCUAACGAGCAGAGUAGUGCAGAUCCUGAAAUGUUUUAUCAUAUUACAGAAACCAUUAAUGUAUACGGUUACAAGUCAAUCUUCGUUUGCUUCCAUCACUGAAAUAAUAGAAGUGAGAAGACAAAAUUACACAUUUGAAAAACAGGUAAAACCUAAUAGAAUAUAUUGCAUUAGGUUUGGAUUAAAGCUUAGUUCAAGAAGUAAAUGCUCUUUGGUCAGAUGUUAUAUUAUAUAUACACACAGUAGUUACAUUGUGAUCAGUGAAGUAUAAUGUUUCAUGCAAUUAUAAAUAUCCCUUACGGAG